UUCUCUCUCUCUUCCCCCGGCACACCGCGUCGAAACCCUAAAAAAGAGAAAAGAAAAACCCUAGCUCUCGCCCCCGCCCCGUCCCGUCCAUGGCGUCCUCCUACGACUACGACGACCCUCGCGGCUCGUCCCAGACUCCGUGAAGACCUUCGUCGUCCACCUCUACCGCCACAUCCGCGAGAAGAACGUGUACGAGAUCCACCAGAUGUACGAGGGGAGCUUCCACCGGCUCACGGACCGCAUGUUCCGCGAGAGCCCCUGGCCCUCGGCCGAGGCCAUCGCCCCCUACGUCGACAACGACCACGUCUUCUGCCUCCUCUACCGCGAGAUGUGGUUCCGCCACCUCUACGCCCGCCUCUCCCCCACCGCGCGCCAGCGCGUCGAGUCCUGGGACAACUACUGCAGCCUCUUCGGCGUCGUCCUCCACGGCGUCGUCAACAUGCAGCUCCCCAACCAGUGGCUCUGGGACAUGGUCGACGAGUUCGUCUACCAGUUCCAGUCCUAUUGCCAGUACCGCGCCAAGCUCAAGAACCGCACCGACGACGAGCUCCAGCUCCUCCGCCAGUACGAUCAGGCAUGGAAUGUGUACGGUGUUCUCAACUACUUGCAAGCUCUUGUAGAGAAAUCCACGAUUAUCCAAAUCUUGGAAAGGGAGAAAGAGGGCCUGGAACAAUUCACUGCUACUGAUGGAUAUGAUUAUGAAGGUGGGAGUAAUGUUUUGAAAAUGUUGGGGUACUACAGCAUGAUUGGACUGCUUAGAGUGCAUUGUCUCCUUGGGGACUACCAUAGUGGGCUGAAGUGUUUGGCUCCUAUUGACAUUAGUCAACAAGGUGUUUAUACCAUUGUGAUCGGGAGUCAUAUAUCAACGAUAUAUCACUAUGGAUUUGCUAGCCUAAUGCUGCGAAGGUACGUUGAUGCCAUACGUGAAUUCAAUAAGAUUCUUCUAUAUAUUUUGAAGUAUAAGCAGUACCAUCAGAAGUCCCCACAGUACGAUCAAAUAUUAAAGAAAAAUGAGCAGAUGUAUGCGUUGUUGGCUAUUUGCCUUUCCUUGUGCCCACAAACAAAACUUAUUGAGGAGAAUGUUAGCUCCCAGCUGAAAGAGAAGUACAAUGACAAGAUGACAAAGAUGCAGAGAUAUGAUGAUGAAGCCUAUGCUGUGUAUGAUGAGCUCUUUUCAUAUGCUUGCCCCAAAUUCAUUACUCCUGCUGCUCCAGUUCUAGAUGAGCCUCUUACAAACUAUAACCAGGACGCUUAUAGGCUACAGUUGAAAUUGUUUCUUUAUGAAGUGAAGCAACAGCAGCUUCUUUCUGGUGUUCGCAGUUUUCUUAAAUUAUAUUCGACCAUAUCAAUUGGAAAGCUUGCUCAGUAUAUGGAAGUGGAUGAAUCCACUUUAAGGACUAUUCUGAUGACAUACAAGCACAAAAUGCAUGCUGUUGAUAGCAAGGGGAAUAUCACCUCGAAUGCAGAUGUGGAUUUCUACAUUAAUGAGGAUAUUAUCCAUGUUGUUGAGUCCAAGACAACGAAGCGUUAUGGCGACUACUUUUUGCGUCAGAUUUUGAAGUUUGAGGAAAUGAUCGGCGAGUUGGACAGAGUAAAGCUAGACUGACUCUGCCAGUCCCCGAACGUCAGCAUGUGUAGGGUAGAGCAAUUCCAGCUUUUUUAUUACCCUUUUUGAGAUGCUUUUGCACCCUUCUGCAUGGAUAAUGAGUGAUAGUUAUUUUGAUUUACCUAUUGCUUUGCACUUUUUUGGUUUUGUGCCUGUAGCCAGAUGAGCUUCCUUAUGCUGUCUCUUUCAUGUAUUUGAAUCCAAUCAAUUUAUCGAAGAAGGUUUAUUGUUAUUUACAGCUCGUAUUGUCA